AUGCAAUAUUUCUAUAAGCUCAGGGAUGAGUUGCAGAGGAUAUCUGUCUUGCGUGCGUUUGUUGAGUUCACGCUUAACAAUUAUUUAAAGAAAGUGCAUUUUAAAACUCCCAGCGAAGAGGAGAUGUUCUUUGAUGACGAGGGAAACCCCCCAGGAAGAUUUGAUAUUAUAAACAUUAUUUGGCUGCCAAAUGAAACUAUGAAACAAACUGAAGUUGGAUAUUUUAACCAAGAUGCCAGAGAUACCCAGUUUUUCAUUAACGAAAGCGCCAUUCAAUGGAGUCAAUUUUUUCCUCAGGUUCCUGUCUCAGUCUGCAGUGAGAGUUGCCUGCCUGGAUACAUGAAGGUUCAAAAAGAAGGCAAGGCCAAGUGCUGUUACAGUUGUAUCCCAUGUCCAGAUGGAGAGAUUACUAACAUUAGUGAUAUGGGAAGCUGUUUGCCUUGUCCUGAAGAUCAGUGGUCAAAUGUGAAGAGGGAUAAGUGUAUCCCGAAGAGCAUAGAUUUUUUGUCAUAUGAAGAACCAUUGGGUUUAGUCAUUGCACUUUUGACUGCUGUUUUCGUUGCUGUCACCUCUAUAGUAUUAUUGAUAUUUAUUAAACACAAAGAUACUCCAGUUGUAAAAGCCAACAACCUGAAUCUCAGCUACACCCUUCUACUUUCCCUCAUGAUAUCAUUUCUAUGUCCCUUUUUAUUUAUUGGACAAUCUACAAAGAUCUCUUGUCUCUUUCGGCAAGUAGUCUUUGUAAAUACUUUUGCUGUUUCAGUUUCUUGUGUGCUUGCUAAAACAACUCUUGUUAUCUUUGCCUUUAAAGCUACCAAACCUUCCUCAACAUUUAGCAUACGGUUUGGUAAAACAGUGUCCAGUUCUGUAGUUUUUAUCUGCUCUUCUGGAGAGGUUAUGAUAUGUGUUGUGUGGCUCAUAUUCUCUCCACCAUACCCUUACUAUAAUACACAAGUAGAGGUUGGGAAGAUAAUAGUGGAAUGUAAUGAAGGAUCUACCAUAGCAUUUUACCUUGUGCUUGGCUAUAUGGGUUUUUUGUCUUUACUAAGUUUUUUUGUAGCCUUUAUGGCUAGGAAACUGCCGGACACAUUUAAUGAAGCUCAGCACAUCACCUUCAGCAUGCUGGUGUUUUGUAGCGUUUGGAUUUCGUUCAUCCCAGCCUACCUUAGCACCAAAGGGAAAUAUAUGGUGGCCAUGGAAAUAUUUGCCAUCUUGGCUUCUGGUGCUGGACUUCUGUGCUGUAUCUUCUUUCCCAAAUGUUUCAUUAUCCUAAUAAAACCUGAACUAAACAUCAAAGCCAGUUUAGGAAAUAAAAGAAAGGGAAGAAAAAUACAAAUGUAA